AUGACUUCUGUUUUCUUCGACAUUGCUAUCAACGGUCAACCAGCCGGUAAGAUUGUUUUCAAAUUGGCCACCGACGUUGUCCCAAAGACUGCUGAAAACUUCAGAGCUUUGUGUACCGGUGAAAAGGGUUUCGGUUACGAAGGUUCUGGAUUCCACAGAGUCAUCCCACAAUUCAUGUUGCAAGGUGGUGACUUCACUCGUCACAACGGUACCGGUGGUAAGUCCAUCUACGGUGAAAAAUUUGCCGAUGAAAACUUCACCUUGAAGCACACCAAGCCAGGUUUGUUGUCCAUGGCUAACGCUGGUCCAAACACCAACGGUUCCCAAUUCUUCAUCACCACUGUUCCAUGCCCAUGGUUGGACGGUAAGCACACCGUCUUUGGUGAAGUCACCAGUGGUUACGACGUUGUCAAGAAGAUUGAAAGUUACGGUUCUGGUAGCGGUUCUACCAAUGCUAGAAUCACCAUUGCCAAGAGUGGUGAAUUGUAA